AAUAGACCACAGAUUUAUUUUGAGCGGUUUCAUAUUUGAUUCAGAUAUUUUUUUAAAUGUAAAGCCGACAGAAUCCUUAGCUAACGUUAGCUCAUUAGCUAUCGAAGCUAACCGGAUCCACUUUUUGGCCUUAGCUUAAUUUGAGCUUAAGGUGGACAAAUGCGCGUGAAGCGGAGCACCUGGUCGCACGAGCCCGUGGAGCCGUAAAGGUCAGGAUGCUCUCGGGGCCGCAUGGCGCUCUGGACAGGCCCCUCCUCCGGCUCCCCUUCACCAGCUUGGCGGUGCUGACGGUGCUGCUGCCUCUGACCGGCCUCCUCGGCUGCCUCUUCCUGUCGCUGGUGUACCACUACGAGGACGCCACCUACACACACUGCCAUGUGUCGAACUACCUCCCGUCCAUCAGCGCCGCCAUCAGCCGCGUCCCGGAGCGCUACGUGUGGCGCUGCUGCGUCGGCCUGCACUCGGCGCCGCGCUACUUGGUGUCCGCCGCCUACUUCGCCUUCUACCGCGCCCGCUUCGCCCUGCGGCUCCCGGAGCUGCUGCUGAGCGCGCUGGUUCUCCUCUGCAGCCUCGCCGAGAACACGGGCCUGAUGCUGCUCACCUACGUGGCGUCCACCGAGUCCUACAGCGUUCAUAAAAACGCCUUCAUCGUGUUCAUCGUCUGCUCGCUGCUGCACAUGCUGCUCACCUGCAGGCUGUGGCAGGUGAUCAGGAGACACUACGUGAACCCAGAGGAGAUCGCCUCGUUUCGCUGGAAGCUUCGUCUCUUCCUGUUUAACGUCAGCUGCUGUCUGAUCGCCGGAUACUUCUUCAGACGCCACAACGAGUACUGUGAGCCCGGAGUCUACACCCUGUUCGCCCUCUUCGAGUACCUGGUGGUCUUCUCCAACAUGGCCUUCCACAUGACGGCCUUCUGGGACUUCGGGAGCAAAGAGGUGAUCGUGGCCACGCCCCCCGAGGACAAGCGAUACUGAAGCACCUCACGGGUUGGAAGGCGCUGCAGAGGAGAUUAAACUUUCAUUCCCAAACACCGAGUUCUUCAACCUUCUUACGAAGCAGCGUUGUGUCAUGUUGGUAAUAGUUUAACUCUUUUAUGAGCUUCAGCUGUAAUACCAAGAUGUUCCAUCAUCUGUUUGCGAAGGUCGACUUCAACCAGAGAACAGUAAGUGACCACAGAAGGACUGAGGAGAACCUAUAUGUCUCUGGUAGAGACCUGUCAAUCAGUGUUUAGCCCCGCCCUAAAGCAUUUCCUGCUUUAUGGUCAGUUUGACUCUAAAUGGAC